UUUGAAAUGAUGUCUUAUUGAAGAAGUGGUUCCAAUGACGGUGUCCGGUGAAGAAGUCCCACCGCAGCACCAAGUUUUCAUCAACUACAGAGGAGACGAGCUGCGGAAAAGCUUCCUCGGGUUCGUAGUGAAAGCCAUGAGAGAAGCAAAGAUCAACGUCUUCACAGACGAAGUAGAAGUCAAAGGUAGAGAUCUACAGAAUCUUUUCAGGAGGAUCGAGGAAUCCAGAGUCGCUGUUGUGAUCUUGUCUGAAAGAUACACAGAAUCUAGUUGGUGCUUGGAUGAACUAGUGAAGAUGAAAGAGCAGAUGGACCAAGACAAGCUCGUUGUGAUUCCAAUUUUUUACAGAUUAGGCGCUACCAACUGUAAGAGGCUCGUUGGAACUUUCGGUGACAAUUUCAGGAAUCUGGAGAGAGAGUAUCGGAGUGAGCCUGAGAGAAUCAAGAAAUGGAAAGAAGCUUUGAUCUCUAUUCCCCAGAAGGUUGGCUUGACUUUGGCAGGACACAGGUAUUUCUAGGCGCUGAAAGCA